GGCGCGGCGCUGCUGGCGCCGAUGGAUGGGCACGACCGACCCGGCCAGGCCAUGAUGUUGCUGCUGUGCCUGGGCAUGACAGCGGCGCUGGCCCGGGGCUGCCUGCACUGCGACCCCAAUUUCUCGAAGAAGUUCUCCUUCUACCGCCACCACGUGAACCUCAAGUCCUGGUGGGUUGGUGACAUCCCCGUGUCGGGAGUGCUGCUUACCGAGUGGAGCCAGAACACGAUGAAGGAACUACACUUGGCCAUUCCCGCCGAGAUCACCCGGGAGAAGCUGGAUCAAGUGGCAGGAGCCGUGUACCAGAGGAUGGACCAGCUGUACCAGGGGAAGAUGUACUUCCCAGGGUAUUUUCCCAAUGAGCUGCGGGCCAUCUUUCGGGAGCAAGUGCGCCUCAUCCAGAACGCCAUCAUAGAGAGCCGCAUCGACUGUCAGCGUCACUGUGGCAUCUUCCAGUAUGAGACCAUCUCCUGCGUCAACUGCACAGACUCACGUGUUGUCUGCUUUGGUUACUACUGCAAGUCAUCAACACAGUGGCAGUCAGCUGUACAGGGCCUUCUGAGUUACAUAAAUACCUGGCACAAUCAGGAUACAGGCACGAGAACCACCCCAGCCUUCCUUUCACCAAGUAUAAGGUGUCUGGAACUGCAGCACUUGGUGAACCUGACUUUGGAAAACGCCUCUGAGUGUUUGACCCAGCAUUGAUGGCGCUGCUCAGCCCCAGUAUUAGCAGGGGCCAGGACUCAGCUACACUGUUGUCUGUUUCUCCAGGAGAGGCUAGUUGCUGCUACCUGCCUCUGGUCACCCCAUGGAGCCCAGGCUGGGCCGGGGCUGGGGAAGGCAGCGAGAUGGGCUUGUGCAUAGAUGGCGGGACCCUUGGGCAUGGCCCCCAGAGAUAUUUUGAUUAAAGUGCCCUGACAUUUCUCA